AUCGGAUGCUCUUAGGUUGGAGGCUUUCACCGAAGCAAACAUCGGUCCCUUCGCCAUGGCUUGGUCAAACAGAGAACUGAUCAUGCAAGUGGAGCAGGAAACCAUCCGGGUCCUUGGUGCUGACGUUGUGAAAAAUGAUGGGCCGUGGCAUUACGCGCUGGUUUUUCCGAUCCGAGUACAAGGCGAAAAUGAGGAGUUGUUCAACAAGAAGAUUGAUGACCCGGCCUCCAAGUGGAAGGAGCUGUUCCCAACGGAACAGAAAAGCCCAACUGAUUUGAAGCCAGGAAUGACGUGGGAGGACUUCACUGGGAAAGUGCGGGAGAAUGUGAAGCAUUACAUUCGUGAGAUGGGAUGUGAGGUGACUGAAUUCAAAAGUGUGGACGAAGAUGAGAUCUUUGUUUUGUUUGGCAUGAUCGACAAAGAGAAAGCGAUGGAGCUUGCAGAUGAAGAGGAGGCCAGAGCACGCCUGAAAAUCACCGCUUACGAUGCGUCCAACCUCAAAUGUCCUACGGAUGAGAAGGUUGGAAAGGAAUGGAGAAUCAACCCGGUGAUCGAGACUUUGAAAGGUGCGGUCGCUGACAAUCGCUGCCCAGCUUUCGUGCGAUACAUACCUGCCCUUCAUGAUGUUGUUGAGGACUUGGAGGACACCGAGAUGCUGAGGAUUCUACGUCAUGCCCUCCGCAAGCACGUUCGUGUGCAACUCAUGGAGCAGGAGGAAGUUGUGCGACUCUUCUUCCCCAUCCACAAAUGGGAGGGGCUACAGGAGCUUCACAAGCGUGGGUGGAGCGAUCCUUACAAACCCAUUUACUUUCCAAAGUUGAACAUGCCGGACAAUGUGUCGGAGUACUUUGGUGCACACGUGGCAGCUUACUUCCAUUUCUACAACGCCUUCACAAGGUGGCUUGUCAUCCCCGCUGUCUUCAGCGCCGCCUUUCCUUUCGUCCGCCCACACAUUCCUACACAUGAGGCUCACAGGCUGGACAGUUGCUUUGGCGGCUUCUUAUGCAUUUGGACAACGGUCUUUUUGGCUCGCAUGAAGCACACCAUGAAUGAGAAGCUACUGCGAUGGGGCAUGGGGGAAUCAGUGCAGAACGUCACUCCAGUGCGGAAGAACUUCAAGGAUGAACUGCGGGGCAGCUGCUCGGAAAACCUUCGCAACCUGCUACACUGGACCCUUGUGAUCCUCUUUCUCAGUGAGACCGUCUUCUUUUCGCGAUUCAUUGCAAACUGGCGAGGCGAACUUUUUGAGAACCCCGAUGGCAUGACCUUUGGAAUGCAGAACACAGAUGCCGCAAAGUACUUCAAGUACUUGGUCACGGCCAACAUCAAAGUCGUGGAUGCAGUAUGGACGCCUCUGUGCAUCUACUUGACCAAACAUGAGAAUCAUCGCACUGAGAUGGCUUUGAAAUCUGCGCUGAUUCUGAAGCUAUUUGCAGUCAAGUCGGUCCUCUUCUACUAUCCUUUCAUUCGUACCAUAUUCAUCCAACCUCACGUUGAAGGAUGUCCAGGUCCAGGCAAUCAUAUCUCAGGAUGUUUGGAUUCGUUGCGAGCCGACCUUCAGCUUUUCUUCAUUACACAGGUGAUAUCCGUGGGAGCUGGCUUGAUGGUGCAGCUUGCCAUGAUGUACUGGACUGUUCGCAAAGAGCUUCAAAGGAAAAAGAGCGAUGAUGGGAAGCUCUCGUAUGUGGAAGUCCAGGCAAUGCUGGCGGAUUAUGACGAAGAGGCAGAGGUUUCGGAUUAUUUGCAAGUGGUCCUGAACUUUGGCUUUUUGUCAAUGUUUGGCUGCGUUGCUCCUUCAAUGUGCGUUUUGUGCUUCUUGUCCAACCUUCCAAUGAAGAGGCUUUUGGCCUUUCGCUUCUCCUUCUCACAGAAGCGUGUCGUCCCGAUCAUCACACAUGGCCUUGGCUCGUGGGAGCUUAUCUUGAAUUUCAUCGCCUACAUUGGGGUCACUUUGACAUGUUACAUCGUCAUCUUUGCCUACAACAGCUUGGACCUCGAGGACUUUCGCACACAGCUGCUCUUGUUCAUUGCCAUCGAACGUGCAGUGGCAGUUCUGAAGCUCAUGCUGACUCUCGUCUUUGGAGAAAAGUCCUUGGCCCAGGAGCGAAUCGAGGAGCAGAACGAAGAGGUUUUGGAGCUCAUCGUCGCAAGUGAGAUUAAGAAACAUCAUCAGCGCACGCAUCCUUAGUGCUGAGAUGUUUGCCGCUUAGCUUGGCCGGACAAAGCUCCCUGAGCUUGGGACGCAAAGCGUUGCUGGGCCUGACUGGAGGCUAAGCAAGCGUGAUCGCUUUGGCUAGAGGCAUCAUUAGCGGCAAGCGCGUUUCUGGAGGGGUUGGAACUACCCGAAGAAAAG